CGUAGGUUUCGCGUGUUCUCGUAUCUCUGAUAAAAAGUGCGCGCAUGCAGUGACACACGCGGAAAUGAUUCCAGGGUGUUCGUCGUGAUAACGUGAAAUCCGAAACGGUAGUAAAAAUCAGAUAAACUGGAACCUUUUGAACAUAAUAAUAUGGCGAGUCCUUCGCCGCAAUCUUCGCCUAUGCCACCACCACAAGCACCCAGUCCCAUGGGACCUCCACAACAGGCGCCAUCUCCAUCUAAUGCCCAAGGUAGUCCAAUGGGACCGCCGCAGCAUCAUCCUCAUAGUCCAACGCAGGGUUAUCAAGGUGGUCCACCAAUACCACCAGGUGGACCACCCAUGUCGCAACCACCACAACAACCACCACCCCAACAACAGAGUUAUCCGCCUCAUCCACAGCAGAUGCCACCUAAUAUGGGUCCACAGAAUCAAGGCGGCCCCGUUGUACCUACCUCUCAAGGUCCUGGAGGAUCAAUGGUACCUGGACAAAUGGGACCAAAUGGACCACAAAGUGGAUCUCAUAUGAUGCAAAGUGGUCCCAACCAGAUGGGUUCUAAUGGACCCGGACAGAUGGGUCCUGGUGGGCAAAUGGGACCCGGAGGCCCAGGACAAAUGGGUCCAGGAGGCCCAGGACAAAUGGGUCCAGGAGGCCCAGGACAAAUGGGUCCAGGAGGACCUGGACAAAUGGCUCCGUCACAUAUGGUACAAGGUGGUGGUCCUUCUGGUGGACCUCAUAUGAGUCAGGCUGGGCCAGGACAAAUGGGUCCAACUAGUGGACCUGUUCCAGGAUCUCAAAUGGGUUCUGGAGGUCCUCAAAAUUCUCAAAUGGUUCCCGGUGGACCUGGGCCUGGCCAUAUGGGUGGACCUCCAAGUCACAUGAACACAAGCGGUCCACCAGGACCAGGCCAUAUAACUUCUGGUGGUCCUCCCGGACAUAUGACUGGAGCAGGACCUCCAGUAUCAGGACACAUGAACGCUAGUGGGCCACCAGGAUCAGGACAUAUGAACGCUAGUGGUCCUCCUGGACCAGGUCACAUGAAUACAAGUGGACCUCCUGGAUCAGGAGGGCAUAUGAACAGCGGGCCACCGAUUCCAAGUCACAUGAAUGCGAGUGGUCCACCAGUAUCUACACACAUGAAUGCGAGCGGUCCAGGAAGUCAUAUGGGUCCUGGUGCUCCUGGUCAAAUGCCCACAAGUGGUCCUGUAGUGCACAGUAUGGGUCCAGGAGGUCCGAAUCAAAUGGGCCCGAAUGGUCCGAAUCAAAUGAUGGCAAACAGUCAAACACAAAUGGGGCCUAGUGGACCGAUGGGUCCCGUUGGACCAACAGGACAAAUUGGACCAAAUGGACCUGGACAAAUGGGUCAUAAUGGGCCGUCACAGAUGGGUCCGAAUGGACCUCAAAUGGGCAUGGGCGGUCCACCUGGACAAAUGAGUAUGAAUGCACCGGGCGGACAAAUGGGCCCUGGCGGACCUGGUAAUCAAAUGGGACCUACAGGGGCAGGUAAUCAAAUGGGACCAAGCGCACCAGGCAGUCAAAUGGUACCAACCGGUCCAGGUGGACAAAUGGGACCAGGAAGCGGUCCCGUAGGUCAAUUAGGACCUAAUAGUCUUGGACAAAUGGGUCCUGGAAGUGGUCCAGGUAGCGUACCAAUGACAACAAGUAGUGGACCUGUUUCUAUAGGACCCAAUGGACCUACCGGAAUAGUAAUGAGUGGCCCUGGUGGACAAAUGAGUUCUAGCAGCGGUCCUGGAGGACAAAUAGGCGCAGCAGGUCCUGGAGGUAGCUCUGGAGGACAAAUGGGUCCAGGAAACGGUCCUGGAGUACAAAUGAAUGUUGGCAGUGGACCUGGCGGUCAAAUGGUGCCCGGAGGCGUACCUGGACAAAUGGGAUCAGGCAGUGGACAAAUGGGACAUGGUGGUACUGGACCUGUAGGUCAAAUGGGACCAGGAACUGGACCUGGUGGACAAAUGGGGCCAGGCAGUGGUCCUGGUCAAAUGGGACCAGGCGGACAAAUUCCAUCAAGUGGUCCAGGACAGUUGAUGCAAGGAGGUCCGGGUGCUCAAAUGGGCCCAAAUGCUUCGAGUAAUCAAAUGGGUCCGAAUAGUCAAAUGGGACCGUGUGGUCCAAAUAAUCAAAUUAGUCAUACAAAUGCAACUGGGCAAAUGGGACCUAAUGGACCAAAUAUUCAGCCUCCUACUACUCAAAUAGGUCCUGGUAGUCAAAAUCAGGGUCAAGUUCCCGGUAGCACAGCACCGUUAGGAUCGGGUGCUCCAGUAAAUCAAAUGAGUCAAACUGGAAGUGGACAAAUUGGUCCUACUGGACCUACAGGACCACCUGGAUCAGGACAAGAAAAUCUGAACGCUCUUCAAAAAGCGAUCGAUUCUAUGGAAGAAAAGGGCUUACAAGAAGAUCCACGAUAUUCUCAAUUGUUAGCCUUAAGAGCUCGUCAAGGCAGUGGUAUGGGUGACAAGCAAGCCUUCAAUUCACAACAAUUGCAACAAUUACGAGCUCAGAUAAUGGCAUACAGAUUGUUGGCAAGAAACCAGGCUGUACCUCAACAGGUUGCACUAGCUGCUCAAGGUGGCGCGCCUCCUCCUCCAGGGAUGAGUCAACGCCCCAUAGAUCCGUCUCAAGGCCCUGUUACAACAUCUGGGCCACAAAUACCAGGUCCGAAUGUUAUUGGUCCCACAGGUGUUCCUAGACCAGGCUGUCAAACGCCGCAACAACAGCAACAGCAACCUCAGUCCGGCGCUAAGGCUAACAGAGUGACAAGUAUAGCAAAACCUGUAGGAUUAGAUCCGUUAUUAAUAUUGCAAGAACGAGAAAACAGAGUUGCAGCCCGAAUAUCGCUUAGAAUGGAGCAACUUGGCAAUCUACCGACAAAUAUGCCAGAAGAUCUUCGUAUACAAGCUCAAAUUGAAUUACGUAUGCUGAGAGUACUAAACUUCCAGAGACAAUUAAGAUCAGAGAUUAUAGCAUGUACUCGAAAAGAUACCACUUUAGAAACUGCGGUAAACGUGAAGGCUUAUAAACGUACAAAACGGCAAGGUUUGCGUGAAGCUAGAGCUACUGAAAAAUUAGAAAAACAACAGAAAUUAGAAGCAGAACGUAAACGAAGACAGAAACAUCAAGAAUUUCUUAGUUCUGUAUUACAACAUGGCAAAGACUUUAAAGAAUUUCAUCGCAAUAAUGUCGCAAAAUUGGCUAGGCUUAACAAAGCAGUGCUUAAUUAUCACGCGAAUGCUGAACGGGAACAGAAGAAAGAACAAGAACGCAUUGAGAAAGAGCGUAUGCGUCGUCUUAUGGCGGAAGAUGAAGAAGGAUACAGAAAAUUAAUUGAUCAAAAGAAGGAUAAACGUUUAGCAUUCUUGUUAUCCCAAACCGAUGAGUAUAUCAGUAAUCUUACGGAAAUGGUUAAGCAACAUAAAAUUGAGCAAAAGAGAAAGCAAGUCGAAGAACAAAAGCGUAAGAAGAAAAAGAAGAAAUUACAAGAUAGUGAGAAUGCUGAAGAUGGUGGAGCCAAUGACGAUACUCGUAUUGGUGUAAUAGAAACAGCCACUGGUCGCACAUUAACUGGCGAUGAAGCACCAUUAAUGAGUCAAUUAUCAGCAUUUUUAGAGGCUCAUCCCGGGUGGGAGCCAAUUGACUCAGAUAGUGAGGACGAUGAGGAGGAUGACGAAGAGGAGAAUGGAGAAAGCAAAGAUAAAUCAAUGGGUGAUUCUGAAGAAGAAAAGGUAAAGAAAACGAUACAUAAAGCGAAAGUGGAAGAUGACGAAUAUAAAACAGAAGAACAAACAUACUAUAGUAUUGCUCAUACGGUUCAUGAGGUUGUUACUGAACAAGCAAGUAUUAUGGUGAAUGGAAAGUUGAAAGAAUAUCAAAUUAAGGGUCUGGAGUGGUUAGUGUCAUUGUUUAAUAAUAAUCUGAAUGGUAUUUUGGCAGACGAAAUGGGUCUCGGUAAAACAAUUCAGACUAUUGCUUUAGUAACAUAUCUUAUGGAAAAGAAGAAAGUCAACGGUCCAUUUCUCAUCAUUGUUCCUUUAUCGACAUUAUCAAAUUGGGUUCUUGAAUUUGAAAAGUGGGCACCAAGUGUUGUCGUAGUGUCGUACAAAGGUUCUCCAGCUGGCAGAAGAGCAAUACAAUCUCAGAUGCGAGCUACAAAAUUUAACGUCCUUUUAACAACUUAUGAAUAUGUUAUAAAAGAUAAAGGUGUAUUAGCCAAAUUGCAGUGGAAAUAUAUGAUUAUUGAUGAAGGACACAGGAUGAAAAAUCAUCAUUGCAAACUUACCCAAGUGUUGAAUACACAUUAUUUGGCUCCUCAUCGACUAUUGUUAACUGGUACACCAUUGCAAAAUAAAUUGCCAGAACUGUGGGCUCUUUUGAAUUUCUUGUUACCUUCAAUCUUCAAAUCCUGCAGUACAUUUGAACAGUGGUUCAAUGCUCCUUUCGCAACCACUGGCGAGAAAGUGGAGCUGAACGAAGAAGAAACUAUUUUGAUUAUUCGUCGUUUGCACAAAGUAUUGCGGCCUUUCUUGUUGAGACGUUUGAAGAAAGAAGUAGAAUCGCAAUUACCCGACAAAGUGGAAUAUAUUAUCAAAUGCGAUAUGUCUGGCCUACAGAAAGUUCUUUAUAAACAUAUGCAAAGUAAAGGAGUGCUACUAACAGACGGAUCGGAAAAAGGAAAGCAAGGAAAAGGUGGUGCCAAAGCUCUUAUGAAUACAAUCGUACAGCUGAGAAAACUAUGCAAUCAUCCAUUUAUGUUCCAAGCUAUAGAAGAGAAAUACUGCGAACAUGUAGGCACUGUAGGUUCUGGUGUUAUUACUGGGCCCGAUCUAUAUCGUGCAUCUGGAAAAUUUGAACUUCUUGAUCGUAUUCUUCCUAAAUUAAAAGCUACGAAUCACAGAGUAUUACUAUUUUGUCAAAUGACACAAUUAAUGACAAUUAUGGAAGAUUAUUUAGGUUGGCGAGGAUUUAUGUAUUUACGACUGGAUGGUACAACGAAAGCGGAAGAUAGAGGAGACCUGUUAAAGAAAUUUAAUGAUCCCGGUUCGGAAUAUUUCCUUUUCUUGCUAUCCACACGUGCCGGUGGUCUUGGUUUAAAUCUUCAAGCUGCUGAUACAGUUAUCAUCUUUGAUUCUGAUUGGAAUCCUCACCAGGAUUUACAAGCUCAAGACAGAGCACACAGAAUCGGACAGAAGAACGAAGUGCGUGUACUCCGAUUAAUGACCGUUAAUUCCGUUGAAGAACGGAUAUUAGCAGCAGCUAGAUAUAAAUUAAAUAUGGACGAGAAAGUCAUUCAAGCUGGUAUGUUCGAUCAGAAGUCUACUGGUUCUGAGCGACAGCAAUUUCUUCAGAGUAUUUUACAUCAAGACGAUGCUGAAGAUGAGGAAGAGAACGAAGUACCCGACGAUGAGACUGUAAAUCAAAUGAUUGCUAGGACUGAAGGUGAAUUUGAGAAAUUCCAGAAAUUAGAUUUGGAACGGCGACGUGAGGAGGCCAAAUUAGGUCCAAAUCGCAAAUCACGACUGCUAGAAGAAGCUGAGUUGCCUGAUUGGCUGGUAAAGGAUGACGAUGAAGUGGAAAGAUGGACCUAUGAAGAGGACGAAGACAGAUUCCUUGGAAGAGGUUCAAGGCAACGUAAAGAAGUUGAUUAUACAGAUAGUUUAACCGAAAAAGAAUGGUUGAAGGCAAUUGAUGAUGAUGGCGCAGAGUAUGAAGAGGAAGAAGAAGAUGAUAAAAAGAAAAAGAAAACACGGAAACGUAAGAAGAAAGGCGAGGAAGAUGAUGAGCCUAUACCGAAAAAACGAAGAGGUGCCGGAUCUUUGGUCGAUCCGAAAAUGAAACGGGCUAUGAAAAAAUUAAUCACAGUAGUUGUUAAUUAUACCGACAGUACCGAUGGCCGAUUAUUGAGUGAACCUUUUAUGAAAUUACCUUCACGAAGAGAAUUACCCGACUAUUAUGAGAUUAUUAAAAAACCUUUAACUAUUAAUAAAUUAUUGCAGAAAAUUGAAGAGGGCAAAUAUGCUGAUUUAGAUGAGCUGGAAAAAGAUUUCAUGCAACUUUGUAAGAACGCUCAAAUUUAUAAUGAAGAAGCGUCACUAAUUCACGAAGACUCAAUAGUGUUACAAUCUGUUUUUACAAAUGCACGUCAGCGUCUUGAAGAGGAAGGUAAUAAUUCUGACGGAGAUGACAAAGAUGGCGAAGACGGCUCGGAUGCGGAUUCCAGUGUAAGAAUGAAAAUUAAACUAAAAGGAAGAAAAGGUGAAGGAAGAGGCGGUCGUAGAAAAAGAGUUACUAAAAAAUAUAUAUCUGACGAUGAUGAUGAUGCUGAUGAUAAUUAAGAAGUAUUAUGUUGCUUCUUGAAAAAACUAUGGGAAAUAUAAUUUAAGUAUUUAAUCUAAUUAUUUGAAUUAUGUUACAUCUUAAAUAGCAAAAUCUUA